AUGGUACCAUGUUCGUUUCAAGAAGCGGGCAAGGGCGAGUUGUACCUAUCUAUCUUCCUCCGUCAUGAGAGCAGAUCCAAAGACGCCAAGGCUAUCUUCGAGGCCUUCGUGAUGGACAGAGACGGUGCUCCGUCCUCGUCCUACAGAAGCAGGUUCGUGCAUGUCUUCCCACCAAAUGCCUCCCAUGGUUGGCCGCAGUUCGUGCAGCGAAGUGUCCUGGAGUCGCUCUGCUUGACGGAUGGCUCGUUCAUCAUCAUGUGUGGGGUGAAGGUCGUGCCUGAGCAUGACGGCCAGUCCUCCGACAUAGGGAGCCACCCAGGCCACCUUGACAUCCUGCUGGACUCCGCGGAUGGCUCCGAUGUGUCGUUCAUCGUCGACGGCGAGGAGUUUACCGCCCACCGGGCGGUGCUCGCCGCCCGCUCGCCGGUCUUCAAGGCGCAACUCCUGGGCUCCAUGGCGGAUGCCAAUAUGUCAUCCAUCACCUUGAACGACAUCACGCCCGCAAUGUUCAAGGUCAUGCUUAGGUUCAUCUACACUGACGAUUUGCUUGAAAAUGAAGCCGAAGCCCAAGAUGAAGAUGAAGAUGAAGGCGAAGAUGAAAAGGACGAUUAUGCAUCAAAGAAGCUUCAAGAUCUGCUCGCCGCGGCCGACCACUACGCACUAGACCGUCUGAAGCUUCUGUGUGCUAGCAAGCUGCAGAAAAAAAUCUCGGGGGAUAUAGUUGCUAGUACUCUGGCUUGUGCUCAAAUGUACAAUUGCCCGGAGCUGAAGAAGAGAUGCAUCGACUUCUUCGCGGACGAGAAGAACUUCAAGAAGGCCGUGUUGACCCAUGAUUUUGCUCAGAUGGUGUUGCAGUUCCCGUCGAUCCUUGAUGAGCUGAAGGUGAAGGUCAGGGUGUAG